AUGGCUGAGGCAAUGAAGCUCCAGAAGAUGAAGCUUAUGGCAAUGAAUACUCUUCAGGGAAAUGGAAGCCAAAAUGGGACUGAGUCAGAGCCAGAUGACCUUAAUUCUAACACCGGUGGAAGUGAAUCCUCCUGGGAUAAAGAAAAGAUACAAUCUCCACUUGCUGCUCCUGGACCUCAACAUGGAAUUGCUCAUGCAACAAUGGCUGGCCAAACCAGCCUUGGGGGUGCUCCUACCCUCAACCCCCUUCAACAGAAUCACCUGCUAAGCAACCGUCUGGAUCUGCCAUUUAUGAUGAUGCCUCAUCCCCUACUUCCAGUCAGCUUACCUCCCGCAUCAGUUGCCAUGGCAAUGAAUCAGAUGAAUCAUCUCAAUACUAUUGCCAACAUGGCUGCUGCAGCUCAGAUUCACAGUCCACUCUCCAGAGCUGGUGCUUCUGUUAUAAAGGAGCGGAUCCCAGAAAGUCCUUCUCCUGCUCCCUCUCUGGAAGAGAAUCAUCGCCCUGGCAGCCAGACCUCUUCCCACCCAAGCAGCAGUGUGUCUAGCUCUCCAUCCCAGAUGGAUCAUCAUUCAGAAAGAAUGGUUAUGAUGCCCAACAAUAGAGAAGAACUUAUUGUUGACCAAGAUAAUGGACAGACCAUAAAUAAAUUCCAAAGGGAUAAUAAAGAUAUCCAAUUGUCCCAGCACCAUUUGUUGAACACUUUUCUCCACUGGAUUGAGUUGGCACCAUUAUCAAAAAAAUCACUUCACCAUCAAAAAGAAGUACCAGCUCAAAUUCCAAUGAUGAAGUCACCCUUGGACAAGAUCCAGUUGGCACCUGGACAGGCAUUGCCCCCUGGAUUCGCAGGACCAUUCAUUUUUGCUGAUAGUCUGUCCUCCGUGGAGACUCUGUUGACCAACAUUCAGGUCAACAAUAUUUCUAUAAACAAAAUAAAUGGUUUACUGAAAGUGGCUUUGGAUAAUGCUCGCAUCCAGGAGAAGCAGAUUCAGCAAGAAAAGAAGGAACUUCGAAUAGAACUCUACAGAGAAAGAGAAAUUAGAGAAAACCUGGAGAGACAACUUGCAGUUGAGCUUCAAAGCAGAAGUACAAUGCAAAAGCGUCUGAAAAAGGAGAAAAAAGCUAAGAGGAAACUUCAGGAAGCAUUGGAAUUUGAAUCAAAACGCCGAGAGCAAGUGGAGCAGGCAUUGAAACAAGCUACAGCUAGCGACAGUGGGCUGAGGAUGUUGAAAGAUACUGGAAUUCCAGAUAUUGAAAUAGAAAACAAUGGAACUCCUCAUGACAGUGCUGCCAUGCAAGCCUGAACACUGAUGCCGGAACUCCAAGUGAUCAAAGACACAGAUAGGGUGCUGCAGCAGUUACCUGCUUACUUAGUGUUGUGAUUCUUUAGAAUUCAUAUUCAGAUUCUUUUAAAAUAUGGAGCAUUCAAUUACUAUUUGUUCAUAAUUGAUGAAUGGGACCUUGAACACAUAGGAAAAAUGAGCUAGAAAUUGGACUUCCCAUGUUUUUAAGGGGCAAUCAUAAUGACUGAACAUAAUAUUUUCUGUUUUCUUUUCUCAUUUCUUUUAAUGAGCUCAUAGGGCUUCACAAACAUUAUCACAUUUAUCUACACAGCAGGUUUGUAGUGGGCUAAGUAGGUGGAACAGUUUCAAAAAUGGGUAAAAUGCUAUUUCUAGAUUGUACGUGAGAAAAUAAGAUGUAGAAAUACUUACUUUGAGCUGUGCCUAUUAUGGACUACCUUUCUAUUUCUCCAAUAUGGUAUUAAAUAGAACCUGAAUUAGCAGACAAUUUAUUGGUACAAAUGGUUGAUAUUUCUUUUCAUGGCCUGUGAGCUAACAUUGUAGAAGAAAUUGUGCCUGACUUGUUCUCUAAGAAAACAUAGAGAGCUUUAAUUUCUAGAUCAUCACAUACCUACAUUUUUCUUUGAACUAAUGAUGGUGGAGCAAUUUAUUUACUCCCUCACUACUAGCACAUCCCUUAUCUUUACAGAAUACAAUGAUAACAAUGGUCCUCAGCCUACCAAAUAUGCCUCCUUUAUUCUUUUCUUCUUCCUUUCCAUCCCAAAUGUUGCUUCUUCACUAUUAUGCUAGCAACAGAAAACAGAAAUAAUUAUAGGAUUAAAAACUACCAACACAAGAAAGGAGAAAGACAGAUAUGAUGGGUUAUUCACAUUGUGAACAUUUACACUAUUCACCCUCUGGUCUAAGCAUAAUUAGGCAAUUAGCAUUUUCAAGAGAUUUAGAAGUGGUUAAUUUGACCUGAAUUGCUCAGGAAACGUCAAGAAAUAUUUUUACAAUUUACUUAUUAAAGACCUGGCCACAGACUUGUGGUACAUAAUUACUACCGUUUUUACAACCCCUAAGAUUCGAAUAAUCAGUACUUGAGUGAUCAGAAACAUUUGAUGACGCUUCACAACUAUUCUCAUUACACCAGCAAAGUCUUAUUCAUUGUGUAGUAUCUGCCCUAGAAUUAAAUUCUGUUGUGAUAAAAGUUCUACUCAUCCAAAAUGCCAACUGAUAUUUUAUUCAUUUUCCAUUAAUCAGUUCUUUGUGGUGAUAUAUGUAGUUCAUUUUGGGAUGACCACCUAACUGAAAUAAUUUUUAAAAUAAUACAUUAAUUCAUAUCCACAUGAUGUAGUGGUUGUUUCACAUCCUAAAGGAUUUUUUCUAUGCUAUAUUUGGCUUUUGAUGAUACACCCAAGAUCUACUUGUAUACAAUCUGCAAUGUUCUAUUCAACUGCAUCAAUAUAAUGCUAACUUAGAAACAAUUUAUGAAGGAUGAAAUAAAAUAUCAAAUAUGUUAUCUGAAUAACAAUGAUUUAUGACUAAAGGCACAAAAUCUAGAAUCAUCUCUUCAUCAUAGAGUCAGAGAACAUGUGCUAUAUGAUACAGAAAAUAGAAUAGCAUUUUAAAAUCAGAUCACUCAAAAAUACAGGAAUGUCUUAACUAUUUUAGGAGAAUGGUAGGAAUCCUCAUUAUUUUCCUGGCAUUUCCCACUUACUUGUCCUCUUUAUGAUACUCAAUGUUAGUUAUUACUUUCUAUAAAUUUUAGAUGUAUAACAUGGGAGGCGAAUGUUACAUGUUCUGGAUAUGGGACAGCCAAGUGUGUCUCUUACAGAAUUGAAACUAUCAUGAGAGGGUGUCCUAUUGGGCAGCCUCCUGUGCCAUCCCAAGUGAGGCAUUACUACAACAUGGAAAGGAUUGCACAAACAUAUGUUUUUACUUAAAACACUGUUAUAUCUGUAUAUAUAUAAUUCCCCAUUUUACCUAUUGGAUAAAUGUUAAAGCAGUAAAAUGCCAGCUGUCCCCAUGUGUCAACGUAUAUGUUCCUUCUUAUGAGUGUUGAAGCACCAAACAAUGCCCCCGGAGAGGGGUUUUUCAUUGCUUUUCCUAAUCUUUAAUCAUGUUUACAAACAGAAUGCAUAUGAGAUCAUCUCUGUUUAAUGUUCAAGUACAUACCUUCUUAAAAACAUGAAGCAGUCAACUACUAAUUAGCUGUUUCCUAUUCCUAAUGAAGAGAGCAUAGCAGAUUUGGAUUAAAAUUCAGCUGCAACCCUGUUCUGUUUAUGGUUCCAGGUGUUUUUGUUUUAUCUAGGCGUUUACUUUGACAGCUACUACUAAAUGAUAAAUCACUCGUAUUACAGCUGAAAUGCAUUUUGAAAUUGAAACGUGGCAAACUUUGAGAUUGUUCCAAGGAACAGUGUUGAUUACUAGGUCAAUACGUGUUCCUGCCUUGUAAUCACUUGUAUUGGAAUACUCAAAACAGUAAUAGACAAUGAUGUCGUAAUAUUACAGAACAUGUCACACUGUUUGGAUACUGCUAUCCUUAAAAUUUGGAGAAGUUAUACUAUUGUAAUCUCAAUUUAUUAUAUUAUGGGUAACCCAAUUGAUUUACAUCAUAAUGUUGUCUUCUUGGUAGCCUAGUGUUUCUUUUGAUUGUGCAAGCUCAUGUGGAAGUGAUCCUGAUAGGCUUUGUAAGUGGGCACAUUUAAUGAAAGUUGUGGACAGAUAUGUUUGUCUCUUGUAACAAAAAUAAGAAUUAAACAUAAUAAAGUGAAAGAUUUUUCAAAAACUGCAUUUUUUCCGAAAGACAAAUAGUGAUUGUCUUUUCUAUUCACUGCUGUGUUUAUAUAACUUUUUAGAUCACAUGGUUUGUUUUACCCUUGUUUUAAAAUUUGUAAUGUUCACAAUUUGCACUGCAUGAUUCAAGCUUUAUUAUUACUGUAUAAAUUUCAGUCCUGGUAAAAUGACUGAUAUUUCAUGUUGAUGAGCUUUCCAUUCAUAUUGAGACUGUGUGUACAGAGGAUGAGGUGAACUGUAGAACUGAGUAAAUAAUUGGUCAAUAUAAUUACAACUUGAAUUAUCUGGAGGCUUAGAUUUCAUUAAAAUUCUCAGACUCUAUCUCCAAAAGACUAGUCUAAACACUUUUCUGGGGUUAAACAUUAAAGAACAUUUUUUUUAAAAUAGGUUUUUAUUCUCUGGUCCCUGUAACAUUUAAUUGUUUUAUUGGGCAAAUGUCCCUUAACCUGCUAAUGAUGGUGAACACUCUAGCUUUUCUGAUAAACACAGAAUUCAAUUCUUUUAUUCUGUUACGUUAUGUACCCUUGAUUUUUGGUUAUAGAAUUUCCCACAAAAUUCCAUUAAUUUACCUAACUUGAAACCUUCUACACAGAAAAAAUAUUAUAGAGAUUUUAAAUACUUCCCUCCUUACAACUCAAAAUCAUUUCCAAUCAGAGAUAUGAUUUUUAAAAAGCAGUAUCAGUCAAGUGUGAUGAUGAAUGCUUCCUUCUACGCAAAGAGGGUACAUUUGAUUUAGAAGGGUGUGAUUUUAAGUGUUCCUGGAGCAUAAGGAAUAAAUUAGUGCUGAUUUGUGAACACAUCCUUUCUUACUUCCUCUUCUGUAUCCAAAGGCUAAUUUUUUGGUUUAGCAAGAUAAACAUGCAGGUCAUAAGGCAUUACAAUGGAAAAGAGCAAUUUUAAGCCCAAGGAGGCAGAAUAGAAUUUCUUUUUUAUUCUCAAGAAUAAACUUUACUUAUACCAAUCAAAUUUUAUCUAGCUACCAGAUGAUCUGAACUCAUUACUACAAAUAUUUAAAUGAAUAUUGGUUCUGCCACUUAAGGUUCAAAUGAUAUUAACAACUAGUCUCUAUAUGGUGUGCACAAUCUUCAAGUAAACACGGGGAAUGAAAGUCCUACAUGUACAAAGCUGUCAUUAUUUUAGAGCCAAACCAGGUGAUGUCUUUCCUUCAGUUUUGGUAAAGCACAGGAGCUUCAAGUGUAACAUUAUGUACAAAAGGAUAAACUAAUAUAGAUCUCUAUAGACAUUAUAAAAUAGUUUAUGAAAAGAGUCUUUAUCGGUUUUCCAUGUCUUCAGUUCGUGUCAAGAAGAGGAGCUGUAGCAUGAAAUUUACUUGAAGGAUCUUGAAAUCUGACACAUUAACAUCACGAGAUGUUAAAAUAAAUUUUACCAAUAUUAAAUAGAUCCUGUUACAUCAAAUCACUUUAGGUUCGUGAAGAUAGAUGUUUGAGUACUUUAAUACCUAUGCUUCAGUAAUGUUCCACGGAAGAACUAACAUGUUUUUUUAAAGGAGGUAACUAUUAGUAAUGGCAGAGCAGUUGUGUUCGGUCAGAAAGGUCCUUGUUGGCUUUACAUUAAUGAAGAUGUUAGUGAUUCAAGUAUAUCUCUGAUAAUAUCCAUCACAGAGUUAUUCCAGUUGUGUUUAUCAGAAAAGCUUUGUUUAUUGAAUCAUCUUUUCUGUGUUACAUUAAGAAAAAGAGGAACAUGUGCAUAUUUUAAGUGCAGUGCUGUAAACUUUGUCCUUUCAUUAGACUGACCAAUUUGGGAACAUGAACUAAAUCCUGAUGACUACAGUAACUUGGCCAUAAAGCUUUUUUAUGUUCAUUUCUGCUUGGCUUUUUGUCCUUCAAAAAUACCGUAGUAUCUUAGAGACUAGAAACUUAAAUGUAUGUUUUCUCUCUUUUACCACAUGUUAAGUUAAAGUAAACUUUUGUUUAAAAUGUAUUGCUGAACUUCAGUAUAAAUAAAAGCAUUUUGUCUUUGUCA